UUCAAAAAAGUUCCUUCCUUGCGUCUGUAGAACAGGCCCAGUCAAUCUCUUGACUUCAAAAAACUCAAAAAACCUUCCAACCAGCACAAUCUCAUCACAGUCUUUUGUCUUCUUUUCCAACUCAUUCAAAAUGAUGUUCAGCAAGACUAUCACUUUGGCCGCUCUUGCCAGCCUCACUGCUGCUCUCCCCACUGCCAACCCUGUCAAGCGGAGUGGCGGUGUCAACAUUGUCAACAACCUGGGUGAAACCGUUUACGCGUGGUCUGUUUCUGAUAGAGUCAGUAACAUGCAUUCCCUUUCUGCGAACGGUGGCAACUACCAGGAAUCCUGGCAAACCAACGACAACGGCGGUGGCAUCUCCAUCAAGUUGUCCAACACUCAGGAGCAGUCCAACGUCCUCCAGUUUGAGUACACCCAGUCCGGUGACACCAUCUACUGGGACAUGAGCUGCAUCGACCUCGGCGGAGACAACGUCUUCACCAAGUACGGUUUCUCCGUUACCCCCUCCACCACUGACGGCAACUGUCCCUCUGUCAACUGCGCUGCUGGUGACACUGCCUGCGCCGAGGCUUACCUCAAGCCCGACGAUGACCACGCUACUCACGGCUGCCCCAUUGACACCUCCUUCAGUGUCACCAUUGGCCUCUAAGCAUCUUUUUCUCUCCUUUCAACGAGAUAAGAUGACUUCACUACGCUCCUUUUUGCUACAACGGAGUUCGGUAUGGUUACGGGGGAAAUGGGAAAGAAAAAAAAACAACUCCAAAUUGACU